CGAAGUCUUCAUGGCUGCUGGACUUGUCGAUUGCGUAAGAAAAAAUGUGAUGAAAAGCAUCCGCGUUGCAUAGCAUGUUCAUCACUUGGCCUCUUGUGUGACGGAUAUGGUCCGAAGCCUACCUGGAUGGAUGGAGGUAAAUCGGAAGCCGAGAUGACUGGACGAAUCAAGCAGAUUGUCAAACAGACUACACAGCGCAAAAAAAUACAUCGAAUGUCUAAGAGGUCAGCAAGAAGCCAGCCGACAUGUUUUGAGUCGUCAUCAAACUCUCAAUACCUCUUAUCACCCUUGGAGAUUUCUGCUUCAUCAUGUCAACAAUUGGCUGUUGAGCAGACCAAUCUUUUCAAUUGCAUGGACAUCAAAGAGACAACUCUGUUUAUGCAUUAUUUCGAUCAGGUCUUCAGUAAUCAACUUCGAUUCUUUGGUCUCUCAUCUGUCAAUACAGAUAGAGGCUGGCUUCUGUCCCUGAUGACGCAAACGAGAUCUUUGUAUUCUGGCAUGUUAGGCCUCAGUGCUUGUCAUAAGCAAUCCCUACUGCUUCAGCAAACUCAAACGUACUCGGAUAAUUUCACGUACAGUCUCCUGGAAAAAUACGUCGUAGACGCAUACAAGGAACUGCAAAUGUCCGUGGAACAGUCCGGGAAAUGUUUUCCGAAAGACUUGAAAGCCACUAUAGAGGCGGUUGCUUGUAUCAUUCAGUUGAUAUUUCUCGACAGGCUCAAAGCAUGUAGUGAUUCGCAGAUUCAUAUGAAAACUGCAUCUAGUCUUAUUCAGAGCUUGCCAAGAACUUUCUUUUCAAGACCCGGCACAUCUCCCUCCUUGAUAGACACACCCACAACAGAGCUCGACCUUCAGUCUUUCCUGCCAGACAAUUCAAUUCAGUAUACUGAUUCAGGUAUAUCAUUUCAAGAUGUUAGUGCGAUCAAGUUCUGCGUCGCAUCCUUUGUGUGGUUUGAUGUGUUAUCAUACGCCUCUAUCAACCUGGAUAUCACGCGUACAAAUCAUCGACAGCUCCUUGAAUAUCACGAUAUUCAAUUGGAGCAAUUCAUGGGUUGUGAAAACUGGGUCAUGAUGGUGAUAAUGGAAAUCUCUAUUUUAAACAAGUGGAAACUCAGUCGAGAAAGAGCUGGCCUCUUGAGCACAAUUGACCUUGCAAGGCGAGCUAUCAAGAUCGAAACGCUUCUUAAAAGUGGUUUGGAAAGAAUGGUCAAGUCUGAAAAGCCUACAUCUUCUUUCGAGGAGCACUGGGAUAGGAAUUGGGUCUCAAGACGGACUGCCACAGUGACUAAAGCAUUUGCGUAUGCGUCGAGAACCUACCUUCAUGUAGUUGUUUCUGGUGCUAUUCCAGAACUGCCUGAGAUAAGAGAAAGCGUAUCUCAAACAAUUGAGGAAUUCAAGAGAAUGCUGCAUCCUCUCGAAGUCGAGAGUUUGACCUGGCCAUUGUGUGUCACUGGCUGCAUGGCAACAGAAGGGCAGAGAGAUUUCUUCGCCGAUCUUAUGAGUUCUGCCAAGAUUACCGAGUCGUCUUCAGGACAAACGUGGAAGGCUUUCCAGAUUGUCAAAGAGUGUUGGAGAUUACGGAAUACGGACUCGGGGAAUGUUGAUUGGAAGUCUGCUAUGGACAGCUUAGGUUAUCGGGUCUUACUUAUAUGA